ACUCCAUUCGUCUUUCUCUCUCUCUCUCCUCGUCUUUUUUUUUUUUGACUGCUCUCUCUCUCUCAUCUUCGUAUUCCUCUCUUAGCUAGCUUCUCGUCAUCGUCGACACAACUCACAAGCACAGAGCGAGCUACUUUGCCUAGCAAGAAGCCAAGAACCUUAAUUACCUUGAGGAUACAGUCGCAAUGGGGAGGUCACCGUGCUGCGACCAGGACGCCGGGGUGAAGAAGGGCCCGUGGACGCCGGAGGAGGACAAGCUGCUGGUGGACUUCAUCAAUAAUAACGGCUACAUCAGCUGGCGCAACCUCCCCAAGGUCGCCGGCCUCAAACGCUGCGGCAAGAGCUGCCGACUCCGCUGGACCAACUACCUCCGUCCCGACAUCAAGCAUGGCAACUUCACCGACGACGAGGAGGAGGCCAUCAUAAACCUCCACGCCAUGCUCGGAAACAAGUGGUCAUCUAUAGCGAAGAAACUGCCGGGCAGGACGGACAACGAGAUCAAGAACUAUUGGAACACGUACCUUCGCAAGAAGCUCCUCGGCAUGGGCAUCGACCCAGUCACGCACCUCCCGCGCACCGACCUCAACCUCCUCGCCGGCUUCCCCAACCUCCUCGCCGCCGCCAACCUCGCGGGCCCCCUCGCCGCUGCCGCGCACACUACGUGGGACAUCAACGCCCUCAUGCUCCAAGACGACGCCGUCAUCCAGCUCCUCCAGGACCUCUCCGGCGCACUCACCAUCGCCACUACCGCCGCACCCAGCGUCGACCUCAUGACCCUCCUCGCCGCCAGCAAUGGAGCUGUCGGGCAGCCCGCCGGCGCUGACCCAGACAGGGUCCAGUACGAUGGCCUGCUAAACCUGCUGGCGUUGACCAGCAUGCCGCCCAUGGCGCUGGGGAUGUCCUCCUUCGUGGGGAUGUUGAACGGUUUCAGUAGCGGCGGUGCCGGGAGCGCCCUCGCCAUGGACGGGCUGAGCCCGACGGAGCUCGGGCGCAGCGGGCCGAGCGGGAGUAAUAUUACGGCAGCCAUGGCGCCACCGUUGGUAGCGGUGGAGGAGUGUAAUGCCGGUUGCGGAAGCGAUGGGGGCAUGACGCCUUGUGAGGAGACACCGUUCGACGGGCUGGAGAACAUGAACCUGGACGACCUCAACGACAGCGACAAUUGGAAGGACUCCCUAGAGCAAAUGUUAUAUAGUUGAACCUGAAUGAUCAGCUGUGAGAAGAAAGGACAUAAAUAUUUCAUAGGAAAUAAAGAAUGAAAAGUUUAAAAGCUGGAGGGAUAGUUCUUUGAAUUGGUUGCACACUUCUUUGGAGAUGUGAAGUUUGUUUGUUGAUUGGACAAAAGGUGGUUUGGUCCCCUUGUAGCUAUGUACAAAGAAAGUCGACAGAAGGACACGUAAACUCAUUUCAAUGUUUCCAAUUUGUCUUUUUUAUAGUUUUUUCCUUUUUCCUUCACAAGGUAGAUAUAAAAAAAUAAAAAAAUAACUUUCCUUUUCUACUCCCUAGUGUGACUAUUCAUAUGUACUUGUGGACACAUAAUUUACUAUUAAUGUUACU